GUUUCGGAGUACAAACUAUUUCUGAGAUCCAGUUUUGUGACAGGAGUGGACCCACCCAGGUAUGGACACAGCACAAGGUGAAACAAACACCACCUUGAGCGGCCUGCAGUGUUACGGGUGUGUCCCGUAUUGUGGCAUCGAUCCCACGAACAUGAAUUGCACAGAUCCCAGCAAUUUGGUGAAAUAUGUCGGGCAGCAGACACACUGUCUUCACUCCUCAGCUACAGGUACAUCAUGUGUCUUACCGUGUCAAAUUUUAUUCUCGCAUAACACUGACUUAGCAUCGACGCGUCAUCCUCCGAAUACUGGCUUCUCUGUUUUAGAUCCCCAACAGCAGAAUGUCAUUGUUAAGGGCUGUGCUUCUGAGAGCAUAUGCAGAAACCCAGACGUCCUGAUGUUUUACGACCUCCAGCCAAAAGAAGACUUUUACUGCUGCCAAGACAGGGGCUGUAACCGUUGGGAUUCAGGGGUUAGCUCAGUACAGACAGCGACAGUCCCCCUCCUGCCAUUAAUUGCUCUUGUACAGAGUUUGUUUCAGUCAGGGCUGUGAGAGAAUUCUCCAUGACGUGGGAGAUUAGCGGAUGGUCCUGUCAGAGAUUUUGUUUUUUUCUUAUACGCAGCGAGUCGUGAAUCUGUCUGAAAGGACAGGGAAAGCAUAUUCAACUUGAUACAGGGGGAAUUGGAAAAAUAUUUCAUCACAAAAACAGUCACAGAUUUUUGGGUGAGUGGCACUUGCUGCAUUGCACUCUUGACAAGCUAAUACAGCUACAAUGGUUUGAAUGGUGCUUCAAUGAUUCUUUCAUUCCAAACGGAAUUUGUUUUAGAGUCAUAGAGAUGUACAGCACGAAAACAGACCCUUCGGCC